AACCCGCCCAUCGCUGUCAACUCAUUCCCGAACUCCGAUUUCCUCAAUCAGAUGCGCUUCCAUGUCCGACAUGGCUACGGACCCUCCGCCACCUCCCCGCAACCCAUCUCCGCCGCCGGAGAUCAUAUCCAUAACCGCCGAUAAGCCGAUUCAGAUCCGCUCCGUUUGGGCCAAGAACCUCGACUCGGAAUUCGACUUGAUCCGCAAGCUCAUCGACGAUUACCCCUUUGUCUCCAUGGAUACCGAGUUUCCCGGCGUGGUUUUCCGCCGCGACCUCCGUUCCCGAGACCCCGAUGAGCAUUACCGGACCCUCAAGUCCAAUGUGGACGCGCUUAAGCUCAUCCAGGUGGGGAUCACUCUCACUGAUGCUUCCGGCAACCUUCCGGAUCUCUCCUCACCCUUCCGCUACAUCUGGGAGUUUAACUUCUGUGAUUUUGAUGUAGGGCGGGACGAUCACGCACCUGGAUCUGUCGAGCUCCUCCGUCAGCAGGGGAUAGAUUUCCACAAGACUCAAUCUUUAGGUGCCGAUACCACUCGCUUUGCCGAGCUGAUGAUGUCAUCCGGCCUCGUCUGCAAUGACGCUGUCACUUACAUCACCUUUCACAGUGGCUAUGACUUUGGGUACCUGAUCAAGGCUCUCAAAGGCUGUGAUCUUCCUGGGACGCUCGGUGAAUUCCAUGAAUUGCUCGGUGUUUUGUUCGGGAACAAGGUUUAUGAUGUGAAACACUUGAUGAAAUUCUGUUCGAAUCUCCAUGGUGGGCUGGACCGCGUUGCCAGUAUGCUCGAGCUAAACCGGACGGUUGGGAAAUGCCACCAGGCUGGAUCAGAUAGCUUGCUUACUUGGAGUGCAUUUCAGAAGAUAAAGAAGGCUUAUUUUGAGGACAGAGAUGCUCUUACUGAGAAGUAUGCUGGCGUUCUUUAUGGGUUAGAGACUCUCUCUCCUUAGACUCUCUAGAUGUAGAGUCAUGGGUUGAAAAUUUCCAUGUUGAUCUGUACAAUCCAUUUGGUUAAUAUAUUUAAAAAAAUAUUAAUUUCUAGUUGAUUUUUUCUAUGUUUGAUCCUGCAUUUUGUAUAUUUGCAUACUAGUUAGUGCACUUGAUUGUGUUGAGUUCUGACUUAACAUCAAAGAAUCAAAUGAAUUUGUGAUCUAACAUGCAGUUAAACAUAUGUUAGAAUUUCCCAUGUUCUCCUUAAUGUGCGUAUAUUGAUGUAGUUUGCAAGGCAGACGAAUCAAACAAUUCCGAGGAAACAGACCAAAGUUGGUGUAUUCCUCGUGUUAUCAACUUGCAAAGCCCAGCCGUGUUGAGAUGUUAUAUUACAAAAGUUUUCAAGGCUCAAGCCCAGUUCUGCCGGUAUAGGGAACAUCCAAGCCUCGUCUAGUAUGGAUACCUGCAGACUAAGUAAUGUGGUAGUUCCGUAGUUGCUAAGUAAUGUGGUAGUGAAUCUAAAGUUUAGGAAUAGUUACUAAGUAGUGCGGUAGUGGGCAUAAAUUAUAGGGAUGGGU